GCACCACCCGGGAGGCCUGUCCGCGCGCUCAUUCAUCCUCCCGCUGCUGCCGCGCUCGUCCACCCGCGGGGCGCGGGGUCCGGGCCGUCCCGCGGGUCCGGGAGCCAGCAACAUGGCCGACAGCAGGGCCAAGGCCCCCAGCAAGACACCCCCCAAGUCUCCAGGGGACCCCACGAAGGACAAGGCAGCCAAGAGGCUCUCUCUGGAGUCAGAAGGUGCCAACGAGGGCGCGGCCGCAGCCCCAGAGCUCAGUGCCCUGGAGGAGGCCUUCCGGCGAUUCGCAGUGCACGGGGACACCAGGGCCACUGGGAAGGACAUGCACGGCAAGAACUGGUCCAAGCUGUGCAAGGACUGCCAGGUGAUCGACGGGAGGAACGUGACUGUCACUGACGUGGACAUCGUCUUCAGCAAGAUCAAGGGGAAGUCCUGCCGGACCAUCACCUUCGAGCAGUUCAAGGAGGCGCUGGAGGAGCUCUCCAAGAAGCGGUUCAAAGAUAAGGGCAGGGAGGAGGCCAUCCGGGAGGUGCACAGGCUCAUCGAGGGCAAGGCCCCCAUCAUCUCUGGGGUGACGAAAGCUAUCUCGUCGCCCACUGUAUCGCGGCUCACGGACACGACCAAGUUCACGGGCUCCCACAAGGAGCGCUUCGACCCGUCGGGCAGGGGCAGGGGCAAGGCAGGCCGCGUGGACCUGGUGGACGAGUCAGGCUACGUGCCGGGCUACAAGCACGCAGGCACCUAUGACCAGAAGGUGCAGGGGAGCAAGUAGCCUCUGGGGUGGGCUCCUGUCCACUGCCGAGGGGGAACCGCCUCACUUCAUUACAUUCCUGUGCCCACGUGGGCAGAACUGA